GCGACGAGAUCAAAGUGUUUGUUUAUCAUCUGUGAAUUGUCAAAUAAUUCAGUUUAGUAUUUUGUAAAAAAAUUGCGGAGGUAAAAAUAUUUUUACAAUAAUGCCCUACAAAGCUUGUGUUUAUAAAGGCUGCGAAAAUUACACAUACGAUUGCGCACCUUGCGGCAAUAAAAAAUUUACCCUUUUUCGAUUCCCAAAAGAACCCGCUCGAUAUGAACAAUGGAUGAAAAGAGGUAAAGUUACCGAUGGAUUGCCGGAAACACAAAUGCUAAUGUGUUCCGACCAUUUUGAAGGAAAAUAUAUCGUAAGAAACGCCCGGCGAACAAUGUUGACAAACACAGCGGUGCCACUUCCGUAUCAGGAAGAAAUCGCUGAUAUGGAGGAAGGCGAGGAUAAUAUCGAAAGGGAAUGUGAAGUUGGGCUGGUUAAAGUAGCUGAUGCCUUAGACACAGAAAUGGUGUUUUCAAUACAUGGUGAUUUAAAUGAUAGUUCUACUCUAAUUAGAGUUAAAGAAAGUGGUUGUGAGGAUGAUGAUGAAGAUGGAUUGCUGGAGUACGAGAGAGUAGAUAAUAACUUAGAAGCAGAAUACUGUGUUGAAUCCACAACAACAAUGAAGGAUGCUGAUGAUGUACAGACAGAAGUGAAAGACAUAUUUUUAGUGGAUAGAGUAUAUGAAGAGGAACAAUUAUCAGGUACAAUAAGGCAUCCAGGACAAAARGACAUGUCCUUCAAGGGUUUAAAAACAAAUAGUAUCAAAAGGCGCAUUACAAAUUCGAGCGUCGAUGAAACCCAAGAACCUUCUAGCUCUAAAGUUAUCACAUCCAAGUUUAAUAACUUUAAUAACAACACUAACGAUAAUGGUACAACAGCUUCCAAACGUAAAAUAAUCCAAAGAAGUGAGGAUAAUAACAAAUACGUUAAGUCAAAAAUACGGAAAGAAAAUGUAACACGUCAAGACUCUCCAAAAAUAAACUCGGAAUCCUUGGUGAAUGCGGGAGCUGUCACAUGUUUUAUUUUUAAGGGUGAAGAAUACGUACAAAUGCCUAAGGAGUAUUACAUACAGGAAAAAGUUGAGCUUAUGGAGAAAUUAAAUAAUUAUGAAAAGAUUUUACGAACAUUUAAACAAAACUUAAUUAAYUUGGAAUUGUCAUAAAAAAGAAAAAUACGGAGAUAAGAUUUUAUUUAAAUAUAUUGUAGUUUCAAUUUAAGCCUUACMAAAUAUUUUAUUUUGUUUCUUUAUUUUAACAAAUAAUAAAGAAUUUACGUAA